AUGGCGCCCUUUUGCCACUCGGCUACGGCUCACACCAUCCUUCGUACCGUGUCCAAUGCGCCGCUCAAGGUCAAUGUGGGCCGCGACGGCAGCAAUGUGGUUCUGGUCUCUCGCAUGGUGGACCAAACGAAGAACAACAUUCUCGCUGGAGUCCUUAGCACUGUGCUUAUCUUUCCUGCUCUUUUGAUUGUGGUUAUCGGCGUCCUAUUCCUUCGCCGCGGUCAACCACAGGACGGGUUCAAGGGUUGGACCUCGAGCAAGUGUUUCACCGUCUGUGGCAUAUGGGCUCGUCCACGCUCCCCGUCCAAAGGUGACGACUGUUCGGUGGCGGAGGGCAACUCCACUGCGUCCACUUUGCCGAUGUACGCCCCCGCUGCGGGGAAGCAAGUUUGCGAACCGCAGGCCAAUCCCCCGGAUGACACCAACCUCACGAUGCCCACUCGACCUUCCAACAUACCCUCCGUCAUGGCGCCCAGGUUCAUUCGCGGCCUAUCCCCUGUCCCCGAGGAGGAAGAGUUUGCCCACAUUGGUGAUGUCGAGAACGCCGCACCCAACGUCCGUUACCACACCCAGAUCCCCUUAUAG